GCGGCGGGAGGCGUCGGCGUCGGCGGCGGCGGCGGCGGCGGGGGCGGCAAGGGCGGCGGCGGGGGCGGCGCGCGGCGGCGACGGCUUCGACGCGCUGCCCCGUGGCUACUGGUACGAGUUCUCGUCGCCCUUCACGGAGGCGUACGACGAGCUGACGGAGGCGGAGCGCACGCCCACGCCCGAGCCGCUGCCCUUCUUCGAGGGCCACCUCAACGCCUCCAACGUCACCACGCAGUUCGGCGGCUCCGUCUUCCUGCACUGCCGCGUCAACGACCUCCACGACAAGACGGUGUCGUGGGUGCGGCGCAGGGGCGAGGAGCUGCAGCUGCUGACGGUGGGCGUGCAGACGUACAGCACCGACGAGCGCUACCGCCUCAGCUACUCCGCGCCCAACGACUGGCGCCUGCACAUCGCCUACGCCAACGAGCGCGACGCCGGCGCCUACGAGUGCCAGGUGUCGUCGCACCCGCCGCUCGUGCACCACGUGCUGCUCAGCGUCGUCGUGCCGCGCGUGGAGAUCACCGGGGAGCGCGGCGAGGCGGUGCAGGACAAGUUCUACAAGGCGGGCUCCACCAUCGAGCUCAAGUGCGUGGUGAGCCAGGUGCCGCACCCGUCCGCCUACGUCACGUGGAGGCACGGCCAGCGCAUGCUCAACUACGACACCUCGCGCGGGGGCAUCAGCGUCAAGACGGACAUCCACCCGGGCGGCGCCACCAGCCGCCUCUUCAUCGCCAACGCGCGCCGCCAGGACUCGGGCAACUACACGUGCGGGCUGGCCGACGUGGCCGCCACCGCCGUCAUGGUGCACGUGCUCAACGGUAAGCGCCGCCGACACCA